AACUCCUUUCUCUCGUUCUCUAUGUGUGUGAGAGUAGGCAUACGCACCCCUCCCGCUCCUCCCUCAUGAACUCCAUUCCCUGCACCUCCCCUCUUCCAUUCAUCACCACCGCCCGUUGUCACCACGUCGCCGCCGCCUCGCCCUCGAUGAAGGGCAACGACGCUGAGCUGGCCAUGGAGAUCACCGUCAUCUCCGCCCAGGGCCUCAAAAACCCCUCCUCCCCUCUCCUCCCCGGCCGCCGCCUCCGCCCUUACGCCGCCCUCUUCUAUUCCCCCGACUGCGACCGCCUCCCCUCCUCCCUCCACCGCACGCGCGUCGACGAACACGGUGCCCAUAACCCCGACUGGGGCGACACGGUCCGCCUGCCGCUGGACUCUUCAUUCUCAAGCGUGGAAACGUCCGCCGCCGCCGGUUGCGGCGGAGAGGACGGAGCCGCGGUCUACAUCGUCGUCCUCUCGAAGCAGACCCUCGGCGGCCCCGCGCGACUCGGGUGGUGCCGGAUCCCUCCCGCCGACAUCCUCGACGGUUUCCGGCCGCCUUCAGAUCUGCGCCGCCUCAGCUACGCCCUCCGCUCCCCUCGCCACGGCGGUCGCGGCCACGGGGUCAUCCACGUGACCGUCCGGCUCCUGGGCCGCGGCGUGGACCGCCUCCCGUCGCCGCCCCAGCCAGGGAAGCCAAUGGAGGAGCCCGGCUGGUGUCGGGUGGCGAUCGGGAUCCCAGUGGCGGUGCCCGCGGUGGCGUUCCCGCCGCCGAGGUGGACCUAUUCUGGCGGCCCUGACUGCGUCCAAGGUGACCGUUUCGCCGAAAGCGAACGCCGCAGGGGUGGGCCCGUGCCGACGGCGUUGACCGUGUCCCGGGUAGCCGCUUCUCCGAAGGACGCGUGGGUUCUGGUGUCCGCUUUGACUUCGUCAGGAAAGGCUUAGAGGAUAAAGCCAAUCGUUACCAACAAUUUCCCACCUGCCCGACAUACCUGCCUUAUAAUUGGAGGAAGCGGCGGGGAACCAAAU